UCAACAUCUGCCAUCACCUGAAUUCUAACUCAAAGCAACUUUCAACCUCAUUGAGCUCGAUUAGUCCCUAUAAAACUAACGUUUUUGUCACUAAGAAAGGCAUGUUUAACCUUUUGACGCAACACAAUGGACUUGGCAGUGUUACUAAACUCUCUAAAAUUUUCCAACAUACAGAUGUGAAAACACCACAAAGCUAUUGUUAGUGCUAAAAGAAUCAAAGAAGCAAAUUCAGGGGCAGAAGAAAAGAAAGAAAAAAAGAAAACCCACCAUGCAGUCUAGAACACCAAGCACUGAUGACUUAUCUUGAUCUGAUUUGCGACCGUCAAAGAAAAAAGUAGUAACAGAGUCAGAAACAGCUUGUUUACAAGUGACUUUUUUUUCCUUUUUUGUUGUCUUUAACUGAUGUUUUUACUUUUUAACUGCCACAGGGUUUUACCCCAUAUAUGUUAAGCUCCUAAGUUCGAAGAAUCUUUCUUUGCACCAAUCUUCUGCUGCCUUGAAGAGCUUAAAAACUUGUAGGAUAUGAGUAGGAGAGUGAGGCAGAAAUGUUCACAUAGUAAGGAAAAAGAUCAGACAAAUAUUAGUUCGGAGACCCUGGAUAGUGGAUGUUUGAAUUGUGCUACUAUUUGUGCAGUUGAUUGGACAACCUUGCUUGAUGAUACAGUUAUUCAACUCUUUUCUUAUUUAAAUUAUCGAGAUCGAGCUAGUUUGGCAUCAACUUGUCGAACAUUUAGGCUCUUAGGUUCUUUGCCCUGCUUAUGGGGCUCAUUGGACCUCCGUUCUCACAAAUUUGACACUGCAGCUGCAAUCUCACUCUCCUCACGAUGCAAGAAUCUCCAGAGACUUAAAUUUCAUGCAGCAGGCUCAGCAGAUGCAAUUGUUAGUCUCCAAGCGAGGGCACUUCGAGAAAUAAGUGGUGAUUUCUGUCGGGACAUUACUGAUGCCGCACUUUCAGUGAUAGCAGCAAGACAUGAGAUGCUUGAGAGUGUCCAUCUUGGUCCAGAUGCUUGCGAGCGAAUCAGCAGUGAUGCAAUCAAAGCACUUGCAUAUUGCUGCCCAAGGUUGACGAGGCUUUGGAUGUCAGGUAUUAGGGAAGUUAAUGGAGAUGCCAUAAAUGCUUUGGCUAAGCACUGUAGGCAGUUAAAGGAUGUUGGGCUUGUGGAAUCUGACAACAUUGAUGAAGUGGCUCUUGGAAACUUAAGUUCCAUUAAAUUUUUAUCAGUUGCUGGGACUAGAAACCUUAAAUGGGGGUCUGUGGCACAAGUUUGGAGUAGAUUGCCUCACUUGGCGGGAUUAGAUGUUUCUAGAACUGAUGUAAAUCUUAGUGCUGUUACGAGAUUUUUGUCAUCAUCCCAAAAUUUGAAAGUAUUGCUCGCCUUAAAUUGUCCAGUUUUUGAGGGUGAAGUUGACAGGAACACAAUGCAUUAUCAAAAAGGCAGAAUAUUGCUUACAUUUUUUGAUGACAUGUUCAAGGGAGUCGCUUCACUAUUCAAUGACAAUUCCAAAAAUGUUACUGAUAUGUUGCAGUACUGCAGGAAAUUAAAGAGUAGAGAUAAAAACUUGGAUGAGAUUGUUGUUUGGAUUGAAUGGGUCAUUUCGCAUUCACUUUUGCGUAUAGCAGAAAACAACCUGAAAGAGUUUGAUGAAUUUUGGCUCACACAAGGGGCAGCAGUAUUGCUCAGUUUAUUGCAGAGUUCACAGGAGGAAGUUCAAGAAAGAGCAGCUACUGCUGUUGCAACCUUUGUAGUCGUUGAUGAUGAAAAUGCUACUGUUGAUUGCCAGAGAGCUGAGGCAAUUUUACGCGGAGAUGGAAUACGGCUGCUUUUGAACCUUGCAAGAUCUUGCCAGGAGGGGCUUCAGUCUGAAGCAGCUAAAGGUAUAGCAAACUUGUCCAUAGAUUCAAAAGUUGCAAAAGCCAUUGCUGAAAAUGGAGGAAUCAAUAUCCUUGCCAAUUUAGCAAAAUCAAUGAACAGAUUAGUAGCAGAAGAGGCUGCUGGAGGGCUGUGGAAUCUUUCUGUUGGGGAUGAGCAUAAGGGUGCCAUUGCAGAGGCAGGUGGUAUAAAUGCUUUAGUUGACCUUUUAUUCAAAUGGCCUUCCAGCACUGAUGGACUUCUUGAACGUGCAACUGGAGCACUGGCAAAUUUGGGAGCCGAUGAGAAAUGUAGCAUGGAGGUGGCUAUGGCUGGUGGCAUCCAUGCUUUGGUGAUGCUUGCUCGAACUUGCAAAGUUGAAGGAGUGCAAGAGCAGGCUGCUCGUGCCUUGGCUAAUUUGGCUGCUCAUGGGGAUAGCAACAGCAAUAAUGCUGCUAUUGGGCAAGAGGCAGGCGCACUGGAAGCAUUGGUGCAACUUACUUAUUCUCAAAAUGAAGGCGUAAGGCAGGAAGCGGCUGGUGCUUUGUGGAAUUUGUCAUUUGAUGACAAAAAUCGAGAAAUAAUUUCAGCAGCUGGUGGCAUUGAGGCACUGGUUGCCCUGGCUCAAUCUAGCUCCAGUGCCUCCCAAGGUCUUCAAGAAAGAGCUGCAGGUGCUCUUUGGGGAUUGUCAGUAUCAGAGACUAACAGCAUUGCUAUUGGAAGACAAGGUGGUAUAGCUCCACUUAUUGCAUUGGCACGCUCAGAUAUCGAAGAUGUCCAUGAGACUGCUGCUGGAGCACUCUGGAAUUUGGCUUUUUAUCGUGAUAAUGCUCUCCGUAUAGUACUAGAUGAAGGAGUUCAACCCCUUGUUCAUCUAUGCUCUUCGUCGAUCUCAAAAAUGGCACGUUUUAUGGCUGCAUUAGCCUUGGUUUACAUGUUUGAUGGGAGAAUAGAUGCAGAUGUUCCAGUGGGGCCUUUGCCUUCAUCACAGGGCAUUCCAAAGACUCCAAACAUAGAUGGGAUUGGAAGGAUGGCCUUGAAACAUGUUGAAGAAUUUGUGAUCUCAUUUUAUGAUCCACAAACCUUUUAUGCUGCUGCUGCAUCAUUAGUCCCCACAGCUUUGGCACAGAUAGCAGAAGCCAUAAGAAUACCAGAAGCAGGGCAUCUAAGAUGCAGUGCAACUGAGAUUGACAGAUUUGUCAGAAUGUUAAGGGAUCCUUCUUCUAUACUAAAGUCCUGUUCUGCAUUUGCUCUUUUGCAAUUUACCAUGCCUGGAGGACGGCAUGCAAUGCACCAUUCAGGCCUCCUUCGAAAUGCAUGUGCACCAAGGGUCUUACGUGCUGCUGCUGCUGCAUCAACAGCCCCUAUUCAAGCCAAAAUUUUUGCAAAAAUUGUGCUUCGAAACCUUGAGCACCACCAUGAAGUCUCAAGAUAGUUCUGAUGAUCGUUUCUGCUGAACUCUGCACUUAUAGAUUGUCGUCCCCCAAGAAGUACAAUCUUCUCUAGAGUUGAACCAGGUGGGCUGGAGCAGGCUACCUCAUCCCCGACAACCAGUCUUUUAUGGUUGUGUUAGUCACUAAGGUUCAAAACUAGUCACCCUCCAUACCUCCUGGAUCACUUGUGUAAGUAAAUAAAAGGGAGGCCUGCAUG